UCCGCCUUGUCCAGACUCGCCCGCUCGCUCUGAUCUCACUCCCUUCGCCCCUGUUGCCCGUCCUCUCCUCCCUGAGAGUUUCUGUCAACUUCCAUGAGACCGUAUUAACUGGGUGUCCCGUUUUUUUUUUCUCCCUCUCCUUGCUUCCGGGGGCUCCUGCGGAACCCUUUUUUUUUUUCUUUUUUUGUCAUCCUAUACGUUGUGACUCCGCCGUAAAUACAUUUCGCUCGUUGUUGAUUCGCUGCCGAUCGUCGGACCUCGUCUUGAAUCUGCCCUCAACAGUCGCAGCCUGGAGCAGCUUUCCAUUUCCUUGAAGGGAAAGUCACGAUUUCUCUGGACCCGCCCUCUGAAACUGUCACUACAAGUGUCGACUGACUAUCUCUGAAUCGAUGGCUGCUGUAUCUGCUUCGUCGCCUCUCCCCAACGGCGGUUUGAUCGACCCUACCAAACAAGGCGAAUAUCCGAUUAUACUGGGAGAGAAGCUGGCAGGACGACAGUCGACGCAGCAGCCACACCGUCGCCUGGUUAACAUCAAUUUCAACUACAAGAGCAAGACCGCCACGCCGCAGCAGCGAUCACGCCUCACCCGCUCCCCCCGCACCCCAGACAUCUACAACCUGACCAUCACCGACAAGCCGCCGAACUCGGAACAGCAAUCCCUGGUGUAUAGCUAUGAGGGCAGUGUUGACCCGUCACAACCGGUGUCGGAAUCCGCAGAAGGCAACUUGGUCUUGGUGUUCGACCCUGUUCGCAAGGCGUUUGUGCUCGAGUCUGUGGAGACGCAGUUGAACUUCAAUCUGCGCUCCGCCCCCGCCAAAUCGGCGGACCAGGUCCGAAAACAAUACGCGCAGCUGAAAACGCUCUCAGAAGACGAGCAAUUGUCCAGUGACGAUCGGAUUCAGGGGGCUACGAGUGGGGACGAUGAGCCGGCAGACGACAGCAAUCCGUACGACUACCGUCAUUUCCUCCCUAAAGCUACGUCGGAAGCUAGCCGGAAGUCCGCAUCAUCAACCCUCGCAUCCCCGGAGCCGCCUCUGACAGCAGUGUCGAGCAAGGAUUCCACCCCGGUCUUACCUGCAACCAAAAAGCCCACCACUCCAAACCCGGCUUCCCAUCCGCCGCGAUCAAAACCACCGCCCAAUCCAUUGCGCCAGAAGAAAGCAGUGGGCAAGCCGUCGCCGGCAGCGACAGCCUCUCCCGUCGUCAAACCAGGUCUUCAGCUGCCGUCUCGUGUGGAACAAGAGGAGAAGGAGGAGGCCACAUCGGUACGGUCGGCGGAGCUAGGCUCCGCAUCACACAAGACACCUGCGGCUCCAUCGCCAGGGCCCAAUAUUAUCAUCGAUGGCGACCUGAUCAUUGACAUGGGCUCGCCGCCGCCCUCACGUCCCACGUUCAGAGUGAACCCAGCACACUUCACCUCGACCAACACUCCCUCCAAUAUUCCAGAAGAUGACACGGACGAUGAUGAGGAAAUCGAAGACUUCCGACUACCGUCUCCCGCCGGGGGCCCGACAGCACUGGCACAACCGACGGGUUCCUUGGACGAUGAAGAGAUGGAGGAUGACGAUGGCCUGUUAGCCGAAAUGGAGGCUGCCUUGGAAGAAAGCGCCCGGGAAGAAGAACAGGCGCAGCAGCAGUAUCACCAGCAACACCAGUACACUGUGCCCAGCGAUGAUGAGAGUGAGGUCAGCGAAGAAGAGUGAAUAGAGACACCUUUUCCCUGCCUCGUACAGUCUUGUUCUCUUUUUUUCCCCUUCUUCUUCUUCUUCUUCUUCUUCUUCUGUCUGCAUAGCCUGUGGUGUUGUUGCCAUAUAGAGAACCACACAGUACCUACUCACCUACCCUCCAGUGUUUGGAUAAGAGGGAUUGUUUAUUUCCGCAUAUUAGCCUACGACGUUCAAUGACCACAUAUGAUACCACUCGAGUAUUCAAACUAUCUCUUAAUAGCAUUCAUCAUCGCCUUGUCUUUGUCUCAAUUGUUGAGUGCCGGCAUUCAGCUCCUCAUAAUCCAUUAUUCUGUUAAGAGAAACACGU